AUGUGCCUGCCCUGUUCAGGGGAUGAAACUACCCAAGUCAACCCCGAAGGACCAAGAUGGCCGCGCCCUUCAGAAGUCAAUGAAAGGCAGGCCAUACAUAAACGUGUUGAGCAUAUGAAACACCUAAAGAAACAGAAGAGGAAAUUUAAUAAACACUUUGCAAGACCUGCUCCUAUUCCAGAACCAGGACUCUUCUUUGCAUAG